UGCAGCUGGAGCAGUUCCUUCUGCGGAGAGGAGGAGAGCCAGAGCCGCUGUCUUCCUGCCAAACUGGUCUGUGCAGGGCCGGACAAUGGAUUCUCAGCAGACGCUGGUCCUGGAGCAGCCUGUUGGCAAGGACAGCGCCAAGCGGUACAAGCGGAUCUGCGCGGUUCUUCUGGCUUUGCUGGUGAUUGUGACGCUUGGAUUAGGCUUGGGGCUUGGACUGAGAAAACCAGAAGAGCAAGGUAGCUGCGUCUUUCCUUGCUUUUCUUCUUCUUUCACAGGCUGCCGCUGCGACGCGGGCUGCGAAAGCCGGCGCGACUGCUGCUGGGACUUUGACAAGAGCUGCGUGGAACCAACUCGAAUAUGGACCUGCAACCUGUUCCGCUGCGGUGAGAGGCGCCUGGAACGCAGCCUGUGCUCAUGCGCAGACGACUGCACGCAGCGCGGGGACUGCUGUGCUGACUACCGGAGCACAUGCCAAGGAGCGACCCCCUGGGUGAGAGAAGCCUGCACCACCGCCCAGCAGCCGCAGUGUCCCAAGGGGUUCGAUCGGCCCCCGGUAAUCUUGUUCUCCAUGGAUGGCUUCCGAGCGGAGUACCUGGACACGUGGGGCCUUCUGCUCCCCAACAUCCACAAGCUGAAAACAUGUGGAAUUCAUUCAAAAUACAUGAGAGCUGUGUAUCCCACCAAGACCUUCCCAAAUCAUUACACCAUUGUCACGGGGCUGUAUCCGGAAUCCCAUGGCAUCAUCGACAAUAACAUGUACGACGUGAACCUCAACAAGAAUUUCUCGCUGUCCUCAAAGGAGAAGUACAACCCCGCCUGGUGGGGCGGGCAGCCGAUCUGGCUAACAGCGAUGUACCAAGGGUUAAAAGCUGCCUCCUACUACUGGCCUGGAUCUGAUGUGGCCGUCAAUGGUUCCUUUCCUACCCUGUACAGGAAUUACAACGGCUCUGUCCCCUACGAGGAGAGGAUCUCCACGCUGCUCAAGUGGCUGGACCUGCCCGAGGCAGAGAGGCCCAGCUUCUACACCAUCUACGUGGAGGAACCUGACUCCGCUGGCCACAGCAGUGGGCCCGUCAGCGCCCGCGUGAUCCAAGCCCUGCAGCUGGUGGACGGGGCCUUCGGGAUGCUGAUGGAGGGGCUGGCGCAGCGGAACCUGCACACCUGCGUCAACCUGGUCCUGCUGGCCGACCACGGAAUGGACCAGACCUCCUGUGACAAGGUGGAGUACAUGUCGGAUUACUUCCCCGAGAUCAACUUCUACAUGUACCAGGGCGCCGCUCCCCGGAUCCGGGCUCGGAACCUCCCGCAGGACUUCCACAGCUUUAAUUCUGAAGAGAUUGUCAGAAACCUCAGUUGCCGAAGACCUAACCAGCACUUCAAGGCUUACCUGAGCCCGGACCUGCCCAAGCGCCUGCACUUCGCCAGGAACGUGCGCAUCGACCGGGCGCAGCUGCUACUGCAGCCCCAGUGGCUGGCGGCCAGGACCCAGGGAAGCACGUCGUGCGGAGGCGGCACCCACGGGUACGACAACGACUUUAGAAGCAUGGAGGCUAUCUUUUUGGCACAUGGACCCAGUUUUAAAGAGAAAAUGGAAGUUGAACCAUUUGAAAAUAUUGAAGUCUAUAAUUUAAUGUGUGAUCUUCUACAUAUUCAGCCUGCACCGAACAAUGGUACUCAUGGUAGCCUGAACCAUCUUCUGAAGGUGCCUUUCUACGAGCCGUCCCAUCCCAAGGAAGUGGCCAAGUUGUCUGUUUGUGGCUUUAUUGCUUCGCUGCCCACGGACACCCUCGACUGUUCCUGCCCUCAGCUGCAAAAUAAUUCUCAGCUAGAACAUGUCAACCAGAUGCUAAAUCUCACUCCAGAAGAAAUAACGGCGACAACGAAAGCCAAUCUGCCAUUUGGGAGGCCCAGGGUCAUGCAGGAGAACCAGGACCACUGUCUUCUGUACCACAGAGAGUACAUCAGUGGGUUUGCAAAAGCGCUGAGGAUGCCCCUGUGGAGUUCAUACGCGGUGGUCCCCACGCCGGGAGACACAUCGGCUCUUCCACCCACUCUCCCAGACUGUCUGCGGGCUGAUGUCAGGGUUGCUCCCUCCGAGAGCCAAAAGUGUUCCCUCUACUUAACAGACAGGAAUGUCACCCACGGCUUCCUCUACCCGCCGGCCAAUAGUAAAACUGCCGAUGGUCAAUAUGAUGCUUUAAUUACGAGUAAUUUGGUCCCUAUGUAUGAAGAGUUCAAAAAAAUGUGGGACUACUUCCAUAAUGUUCUUCUUGUAAAAUAUGCCGUGGAGAGAAAUGGAAUCAAUGUGGUCAGUGGACCGAUAUUUGAUUAUAAUUAUGAUGGCCAUUUGGAUUCUCCGAGUGAAAUUACAGAACACGUGGGCGGCAGCAGCGUCCCCAUCCCCACGCACUACUUCGUGGUGCUGACGAGCUGUAAGGACAGCAGCGCCGCGCCCGCCAGCUGCCCCGGACUGCUGGAUGUCCUGCCCUUCAUCAUCCCUCACCGGCCCACCAAUUUAGAGAGCUGCCCGGGAAAUAAGACUGAAGACCUCUGGGUUGAAGAACGAUUUAAAGCACACGUUGCCCGUGUUCGUGACGUAGAACUUCUUACCGGUCUUGACUUUUAUCAGGAAAAAGCACAGCCUGUCUCUGAAAUUUUACAACUGAAGACAUAUUUACCCACGUUUCAAACUAUUAUUUAA